ACAAUGUCAACAAAUAAGUUUGUAAGUUCGUCUUCGCUGAUUCAUGUGUCGAUAAAGUAAACAAAUAAAUAGUAAUUCGCAUCGCCUUCGCUGUUCAUUUUGCUAACACAGUAGUCUCGACUAUGACGGUGAAGUGACGAUUACAUCAUGAAUGUAAAUAAGUACUUAAUAAUUUUUAAAUUGUUAUUAUUUUCGGGUUGUUUGUGUGAAAUAAGCGAGGGUGAAAAAGAGAAACUUUUGAAUGGCUUCCUAGAACAUUAUAAUAGUUUACCUAAUCAAAUAUACCAGAGCAAUGAGGGAUCUUUGCAAAGUACGCAGCAAGUGGAUGACACCACAUAUGAAAUAGUAGCAAAGAUAAAAGUCAAAGAGAUUCAAAAUGCUGAAGUAACAAAGUCUCUGACUUGUGCUGCUACUGUCAAGGACUCUGAUGAUCAUGUUGCUGUCACAAAUAGUCAUUGUCACGAGCCUAGGCAGGAGGACUCCAGCCAGGAAGUUGCCACCGAAGCUCAGGCGGAAGUGGCUGAAUCUGUGGUUGAGAGGAGACCUGUCCAGUUAGACAAUGAAGUACAAUCAGAUACAGCUAUAACGUCAGGUGAACAGUUUAUAGCAAUACCUCGGGACCAACCGAGCGUACCAUGCUUUGGGUGUGCCACGCACGUGAACCCACAGGCUGCUGGAGUUAGCGACCUUGCUAGCCUCGGUCUGAGGCACCUCGAUAUCCAUCAACCAACAAUGAAACACACUCUGGAACGAGUACUUGAUGUAGAGAGACAAGUCCAAGUGGUAAAUGGAGUACGAUAUAUUUUAACAAUGUCAGUUCAUUUUGACAAUUGUUCGGAUAUCCAACCUGAAAACUGUGUGUUCUCCAACAUUUGUAAGAUAACGUUUCUAGUUAAACCAUGGGUAAAACUGCCCAAUGGUGGAAAUUAUAGAGCAAUAUUAGGAAACAACUGUACAGAAGAAUGGCAGUAUGGUGACAAUGGCGAAGUUCUGCCAGACACAAUGGAUAACCAAGCACAGGACAAAGAUAGAGGAAGUAAGGGAGAUGAUGGAGAUGACAUACAGGUAAAAUAUAAUUCUGAUGUCCAAUCACAACCAAACAUGGAACGAACACUAACGGAUGAAGAGAUGAAAAAUCUAGAAGAGCAAAUAAUUCCGAAUAAUCAAUUUCAAGAAAAUUAUCAACGCUCUUUUACUGUAUCUCCUGACACCCCCGGGGAAAAUAAGGAACAUGUUUUCAAAGUCGAAUCCAAUAAACAUAAUGUGAAUACAAUUCCUGUUACCGAACAAACUCUAAACAUUAAUCUAGAUAAAAAGAAAGCUAUUGACGACCUAUUGAACUAUUUUGACUUUUCUGGAUUUAAACUGAAGACUGAAAGUACAGUUCCCGCGUCAAGGGCAAGGAGAAGUUAUGAUUAUGAUUUGCAACUACUAACACUUGCAGAAGACUAUCAUGGUAUUAAAAAUAGUAUAAAAAAUGCACGCUUUGUAUACGGGCUAGCUCAAACUAUGGUAAACUAUUUGAAUGAAAUUGACAUGGAAGUAAAAAAUAGAGAAAUAAAAAGCGUAAUCAAAGCGGAAGAAGAAACUGACAGUCUACAGCGCUAUAUAUAUGUUCAGGCUAGUGUUACAAUACCAUGUGAUAAAGUUGAAUGUGAACCAAGAGACACGGGUACUCAAAUAUGUAAUGGUGUUUUAGAUGCCACAAACGACGAUAGUCCCCAAAUUAUAAGCUCAUUCUGUUACAAUGACAACAAAGAAAGAGAUUACAGGGAUAUUGUCAAAGUAAUACCUCUCGAUGAUCCCGUCUUACAAAAUUUAGCCUUAGAAGCAGUAAAAAAAAUUGAAUCCGAAUCAAACUCUGAAAACGCUCUGAAAGUAAAUAAAAUUAUUUCAGCUUUAACCCAAGUUACAUCUGGAACACUUACGAAAUUUUCAAUUAUUGUUGAUAACUUGAAAUGUAAUAAGAGCGUUCCACAAGCAUUACGAAUAAAUUGUACGGUUCUAGAACAAUUAGGAUCACAGAUUUGUGAAAUAAUCGUACACGAGAGGCAUUGGCUGAAAGAGACGAAAAUAUCAUACUCUUGCACUGACAGACCAGUUGACAUGAAAAUAUCGAAACUAAAAUCAAUUACCCCAAGUAUAAAUGUAGAGGACCCAAAAAUUAUCGAAAUGUUGCAAGAAGCCAUACAAUUUUUAGAAACACAAUCAGAAAAGAAUAACAAACAAAAAAUUGUAAACGUAACAUCCAUCUCUUCUCAAAUUAUUGCUGGCUUUUUAACUAAAAUAGAAUUUUUGGUUGGAUACACAAAUUGCACAAGCGGAAAUGAGUUAAUAGACGAAUCAAAUAAAUGUCACUUAUUGAAAGGACAAAAUCUUCGUCUGUGUAAAGCACAGUUUUGGGAUAGAUCAUGGAUAAUAGAUGGUAGACAAGUAGAAGUUUCAUGUGAUGACGUUAAAAGAAAAAAAAGGUCUGUAGAUUUUGUUGAAGGUCAAAGAAAUGAAAAUAGAAGCCCUGAAAAUAAAUACAAAAAGUUAGCUAACGAAUCUUUACAGAAGUUUAUGCAAUCAUCACUCAAUCACCAACAUUACGAAGUCGUAAAAGUUGACAAAGUUGAUGAUCAAAAUUUACCCGAUAAAUUAAUAAGAAUUCAAUUUUCAAUAUCACCCACCAAUUGCAAACUGAAAUACGGCAUUUUGUCACCUACUGAAUGCCACGUCAUAAAUCCUGAAAAUAUAAUCCACUGUCAUUCGAAAAUAUUGGAAAACGUUUGGGUUGACAAAAAACAAUUGUUUGUAAAUUGUAACUUAAAAGACUACCGACAACAUAAAACUUCUUCAGGCUUGCAUGAACGCGAUUCUAACGACUCAAAAUACUAUAGUAAAAACAGUGAUUCCUUGAAACAAAAUCUUAAAGAUACGAAUGCUAUGCAUAUUGCUGUAGAAGCGCUUCAAGCAUAUUUGAAGAAAAAUCCUGAAUCACUUCUUUUGCGAGUAACUUUAGUUGACAAAGUAGUAAUAAAAGGCCUAACAACUAAAAUUGUAUUCCUAGCGUCACAUACUGAAGAUGAUGAUGGUGAUACAAUUUGCUACGCAGAGUUCUUCGCAACCAAUACGUCCAAAGGUGUUACAGAAGUAAAAUGUUAUUCAAUUGGCUUACCAAUAAAACGAACUGAAGUUACCGAUGAAGAUCCUAAUUAUUAUAAGUAUAUUCAAAUGGCGGAUGAAUCGCUUUAUAUUUAUCUACAAAAGAUAAAUAGCUCGCAACUAUACACUGUUGCUUCUAUAGAAAGCGUAAUGGUACAGUGGGAUGAAGGCAUAAAGACUCAAAUUAAUUUUAUUAUAUCUCCAACCGAUUUAGAGAACCACGAAAAUCAAGGACAGCUAUGUCGUGCUGAAAUACGAGAACAACCAUGGAUUCAUAAAAAAAACAUUAAUGUAAAAUGUGAAUUAGAAAGAAAUUUAUACCGAUCUAAAAGACAGGUACAUGAUGAAAACAACGUAGACGGUGGUUUAAUAGAUCACGACCCAAAUGACCCAAAUUAUCGAGUUUUGGCUGAGGAAUCGUUGCUAAAGUUCGUUGCUGAUUCUGGGACAACCCAACCUCUAAAAGUCGUAAAAGUGGAAAAAGUAACCACACAAGUAGUAUCUGGUUUGUUGACCCGUAUCGAUUUUGUGAUAUCGGGUGGGCAAGAUAUCAACAAAUGUCAUUCUAAAAUAUGGGAGCAGCCUUGGUUGGACAGAAAAGACAUCGAUGUUUCUUGUCAUAACGGUGACCAAAGAAGCAAAAGAGAGGCAAUUACGGGUGGUUUGGCAGAUCAAGACCCAAACGACGCAAAAUAUCGAGUUUUAGCUGAGGAAUCAUUACUAAAAUUCGUUGCUGAUUCCGGGACAACCCAACCUCUAAAAGUCGUAAAAGUUGAAAAAGUUACCACACAAGUAGUAUCUGGUUUGUUGACCCGCAUCGAUUUUGUGAUAUCAGGUGGGCAAGAUAUCAACAAAUGUCACUCUAAAAUAUGGGAGCAGCCUUGGAUGAACAGAAAAGACAUCGAUGUUUCUUGUCAUAACGGUGACCAAAGAAGUAAAAGAGAGGCGAUUGCGGGUGGUUUGGCAGAUCAAGACCCAAACGACGCAAAGUAUCGACUUUUGGCUGAAGAAUCGUUGCUAAAGUUCGUUGCUGAUUCCGGGACAACCCAACCUCUAAAAGUCGUAAAAGUGGAAAAAGUAACCACACAAGUAGUAUCUGGUUUGUUGACCCGUAUCGAUUUUGUGAUAUCGGGUGGGCAAGAUAUCAACAAAUGUCACUCUAAAAUAUGGGAGCAGUCUUGGAUGAACAGAAAAGACAUCGAUGUUUCUUGUCAUAACGGUGACCAAAGAAGUAAAAGACAGGCGAUUGCUGGUGGUUUAGCAGAUCAAGACCCAAACGACGCAAAGUAUCGACUUUUGGCUGAAGAAUCGUUGCUAAAGUUCGUUGCUGAUUCCGGGACAACCCAACCUCUAAAAGUCGUAAAAGUGGAAAAAGUAACCACACAAGUAGUAUCUGGUUUGUUGACCCGUAUCGAUUUUGUGAUAUCGGGUGGGCAAGAUAUCAACAAAUGUCACUCUAAAAUAUGGGAGCAGUCUUGGAUGAACAGAAAAGACAUCGAUGUUUCUUGUCAUAACGGUGACCAAAGAAGUAAAAGACAGGCGAUUGCUGGUGGUUUAGCAGAUCAAGACCCAAACGACGCAAAGUAUCGACUUUUGGCUGAAGAAUCGUUGCUAAAGUUCGUUGCUGAUUCCGGGACAACCCAACCUCUAAAAGUCGUAAAAGUGGAAAAAGUAACCACACAAGUAGUAUCUGGUUUGUUGACCCGUAUCGAUUUUGUGAUAUCGGGUGGGCAAGAUAUCAACAAAUGUCACUCUAAAAUAUGGGAGCAGUCUUGGAUGAACAGAAAAGACAUCGAUGUUUCUUGUCAUAACGGUGACCAAAGAAGUAAAAGACAGGCGAUUGCUGGUGGUUUAGCAGAUCAAGACCCAAACGACGCAAAGUAUCGACUUUUGGCUGAAGAAUCGUUGCUAAAGUUCGUUGCUGAUUCCGGGACAACCCAACCUCUAAAAGUCGUAAAAGUGGAAAAAGUAACCACACAAGUAGUAUCUGGUUUGUUGACCCGUAUCGAUUUUGUGAUAUCGGGUGGGCAAGAUAUCAACAAAUGUCACUCUAAAAUAUGGGAGCAGUCUUGGAUGAACAGAAAAGACAUCGAUGUUUCUUGUCAUAACGGUGACCAAAGAAGUAAAAGACAGGCGAUUGCUGGUGGUUUAGCAGAUCAAGACCCAAACGACGCAAAGUAUCGACUUUUGGCUGAAGAAUCGUUGCUAAAGUUCGUUGCUGAUUCCGGGACAACCCAACCUCUAAAAGUCGUAAAAGUGGAAAAAGUAACCACACAAGUAGUAUCUGGUUUGUUGACCCGUAUCGAUUUUGUGAUAUCGGGUGGGCAAGAUAUCAACAAAUGUCACUCUAAAAUAUGGGAGCAGUCUUGGAUGAACAGAAAAGACAUCGAUGUUUCUUGUCAUAACGGUGACCAAAGAAGUAAAAGACAGGCGAUUGCUGGUGGUUUAGCAGAUCAAGACCCAAACGACGCAAAGUAUCGACUUUUGGCUGAAGAAUCGUUGCUAAAGUUCGUUGCUGAUUCCGGGACAACCCAACCUCUAAAAGUCGUAAAAGUGGAAAAAGUAACCACACAAGUAGUAUCUGGUUUGUUGACCCGUAUCGAUUUUGUGAUAUCGGGUGGGCAAGAUAUCAACAAAUGUCACUCUAAAAUAUGGGAGCAGUCUUGGAUGAACAGAAAAGACAUCGAUGUUUCUUGUCAUAACGGUGACCAAAGAAGUAAAAGACAGGCGAUUGCUGGUGGUUUAGCAGAUCAAGACCCAAACGACGCAAAGUAUCGACUUUUGGCUGAAGAAUCGUUGCUAAAGUUCGUUGCUGAUUCCGGGACAACCCAACCUCUAAAAGUCGUAAAAGUGGAAAAAGUAACCACACAAGUAGUAUCUGGUUUGUUGACCCGUAUCGAUUUUGUGAUAUCGGGUGGGCAAGAUAUCAACAAAUGUCACUCUAAAAUAUGGGAGCAGUCUUGGAUGAACAGAAAAGACAUCGAUGUUUCUUGUCAUAACGGUGACCAAAGAAGUAAAAGACAGGCGAUUGCUGGUGGUUUAGCAGAUCAAGACCCAAACGACGCAAAGUAUCGACUUUUGGCUGAAGAAUCGUUGCUAAAGUUCGUUGCUGAUUCCGGGACAACCCAACCUCUAAAAGUCGUAAAAGUGGAAAAAGUAACCACACAAGUAGUAUCUGGUUUGUUGACCCGUAUCGAUUUUGUGAUAUCGGGUGGGCAAGAUAUCAACAAAUGUCACUCUAAAAUAUGGGAGCAGUCUUGGAUGAACAGAAAAGACAUCGAUGUUUCUUGUCAUAACGGUGACCAAAGAAGUAAAAGACAGGCGAUUGCUGGUGGUUUAGCAGAUCAAGACCCAAACGACGCAAAGUAUCGACUUUUGGCUGAAGAAUCGUUGCUAAAGUUCGUUGCUGAUUCCGGGACAACCCAACCUCUAAAAGUCGUAAAAGUGGAAAAAGUAACCACACAAGUAGUAUCUGGUUUGUUGACCCGUAUCGAUUUUGUGAUAUCGGGUGGGCAAGAUAUCAACAAAUGUCACUCUAAAAUAUGGGAGCAGUCUUGGAUGAACAGAAAAGACAUCGAUGUUUCUUGUCAUAACGGUGACCAAAGAAGUAAAAGACAGGCGAUUGCUGGUGGUUUAGCAGAUCAAGACCCAAACGACGCAAAGUAUCGACUUUUGGCUGAAGAAUCGUUGCUAAAGUUCGUUGCUGAUUCCGGGACAACCCAACCUCUAAAAGUCGUAAAAGUCGAAAAAGUAACCACACAAGUAGUUUCUGGCUUGUUGACCCGGAUCGACUUUACCAUAUCUGAUGGAAAUGCAAAUACUAUGAAAUGCCAUUCUAAAAUUUUUGAACAAGUUUGGGUUGAAAGAAAGGAAGUAAACGUCGAAUGUGUUCCUGUUAAUAUCAGAGCACGUAGAGAUUUAGGAAUGCCUCGAGGCUUGGUGGAACAGAAUUUUGAAAAAAAAUCGGUUCCGACAAGCAGCUCUGAAAAGGAUCUUCAUAACGUUCGAGGUGAUGAUGAAGAAGAGCAAAAUCCAAAUAAACCUGAGUAUAAGUUACUGGUUGAAGAAUCCUUGAGAAAAUUUCAACAAAAAAGCGGUGUUUAUCAUAAAGUUCUAGAAGUGAAACGAGUUCUCACACGUGUGGUUUCAGGCUUAAAAUAUAACAUAGAUUUUACUGCUGCGCCUACAGCUUGCUCUGUGAAUGAAUCCCGUGUGAAUGCUCGCAGAUGUAAGACAGAUGAUGGAGUAAUUCUUUACUGUCAUACAGAAAUUUGGGAUCGACCUUGGUUAAGAAAAAAAAAGAUUGAUGUUCAAUGUAAUGAUCCGUCAGAUGACCGAGAUGAUUUCGAAGAAAACGAUUCUGAUGUUGAUGUGGUAAAACCAGAAAAUGAAAGUAAUAAUUCUGAAAACCACAUGAAACUAGCCAAUGAAGCUACUGAAAAAUAUUUGACUGCAUCAAAUAGAAAAUACGUUCAUAAAGUUACAGCAAUCCAAAGUGUAAGUGAACAACAGUUAGAUGGGACAUUUACUAUUGACUUUACUAUAUCACCCACUACUUGUUUAAGAAACGUUACUAAUAAAGAUUCUUGUAAAGUGAAACAACCAGUUGUUGUUUUCCAUUGUAAUGCAAAAAUAAGAAAUAGACCUUGGGGUAAUAAUGAAAGCGAAAUUGAAGUCACCUGUAAAAAGGCUAGCGAGAGAGUAAACAAUAGCAAAAAAGACAAACGUGACGUUGGUGUUAGAAGUGCUAGACAAACUGUUGAUGAUGCCGAAGAAAUGGAUGAAGAUAUCAUUUAUUAUUACGCUGAUCGUGCUCUUCAACAUGUUAAUGACCAUUCCCGUUCGAAUAAUUUACAUAAAUUAAUAUCCAUACACGCUGUGCAAAGUAGCCUUCAAAUGGGAGCUCGAACUGUAAAAAUGUACAUUGAAAUAGCCGAAACGUAUUGUUUGCGGCAUCAAAGAACAAAGGAUCUGGCAAACUGUGAAGAACUUAAUGGUUUAAGUCAUAGGCUAUGUUUGGCUAGAUUAUGGCCUGCACCAGACGAAGAGUUGAUAACAAGACACGUAUCAGUUGUUUGUGACGAUGAAGAAGAUUUUGUGGCCAUUAGUGGAGUCAAUGUACCUGAACUUUUAAGAUUGUCAAUGAUGGAACUUGAAAAGGCUGCUGGUGUGAAGUAUAAACUAGUCCAUCAAGGCGAGCCACAGGUUAUACCGUCCCUCGAUUCAAGACAACCAUUUAAAAUCAAUUUUGUUGUUGCUUAUACGAACUGUUCUGUAGAAGUCGAUUUAGAUAAAAAUCCUUUCCAAUGUUAUAUUAAUCAUGAAAUACCUUCUAAGUCUUGCCACUCAUUUAUUUGGCUGAAGACAGAUAUAAAAACUAUCAGUUACAUAAAUGUUAAAUGUACGCCUCUGAAUCGUUUGAGAAGAUCUACAAAUCAAACGAACCUUUCUUCAGAAAAUGAGGAAAUUAAGAGUAUGGUGGCCGCAGCUUUGGAGAAGUUAGAAAUGUCAUCAUUACACAGAUACAAACAGAGGGUGUUGCAGAUCAACAGUUACUCUACUAAAAUAACGUCUGGUAAAGUAACCACCAUCGACUUUGACGUCGGUUACACGUCUUGUUUGAAAUACGAGUGGGUUGAGAACAUCACUAGUUGUGAUUUCUUGGAGCACUUGCCCCGAAGACGUUGCGUGGCGCAAAUAUGGGAGAGAUUAUGGAUCAAGAAUGGACAAAAUAUUGAUGUAAAUUGUGUUGAUGAUGAAACACCUUUGGAGUCUCAUAUAGAAUUUGAAAGCGCUGAAAUGGCUAAUGCGUUAGCGAGAGAAGCAUUAAAACAUAUUGAAGCGAAAUAUCCUCACCCUAGCAAACAGAAGGUCGUUAGGAUAUUUUCAUUGGAAAAACAAGUAGUUGCUGGUAUCCACUACAAAAUGAAAAUAGAGGUUGGCUUCACAGAUUGCGUUGCUUUAAGCGACCAAACUGACUGCAAGCUAAUUAAAGAUCACGGUCUGAACAAGUUCUGCCGUGUAAAUGUUUGGGUGCGACCAUGGACUGACCAUCCUCCCAAUUUCCGAGUGUCAUGCGAUUUUCAAGAAGGUGCUACGCAUGAUUUAUACCACCACGUGCAAGCGGAACAAUUGUUUUACAGCUUUUUGACAACUUAUAGUCCCAGCUACGUCAAUGACUAUUCUCAAAUGCAGAAACGUUUUGAGAUAUUUAAAAAUAAUAUAAAGAAAAUUCACGAGUUCAAUGUUCAUGAGAAAGGUACUGCUAUAUACGGGGUGACCCGAUUUGCUGAUUUGACAUAUGAAGAAUUUAGUAGUAUAUACAUGGGCUUGAAUACGAAUUUAACUAACGAGAACCAGGUCCCUAUGAAAAAAGCUGAUAUUCCAGACAUUAAAAUUCCCGAGGACUUUGACUGGAGAGAGCAUGAUGCUGUGACGGAGGUAAAGGACCAGGGCUCAUGUGGUAGCUGCUGGGCGUUCAGUGUUACUGGUAACAUUGAAGGUCAAUGGAAGAUGCAGUCGGGUCAACUGAUAUCCCUGUCUGAGCAGGAGUUGGUGGACUGUGACAAACUGGACGAUGGCUGCAAUGGUGGAUUACCUGAUAAUGCCUACAGGGCUAUCGAACAGAUGGGAGGUCUAGAGUUGGAGAGUGACUACCCAUAUGAAGGUGUCGGUGAGAAGUGUGAGUUCAACAAGACUCUCGCCAAGGUGCAGAUCAGUGGAGCUGUGAACAUCACCACAAAUGAGACUGGAAUGGCUCAGUGGCUGGUGCACAAUGGACCUAUUUCUAUUGGUAUCAACGCGAACGCUAUGCAGUUCUAUAUGGGAGGUAUCUCACACCCGUGGAAGAUGUUAUGCAAUCCCACCAACUUGGAUCACGGUGUGCUUAUUGUAGGAUACGGAAUUAAAGACUAUCCACUCUUCCACAAGAAACUACCAUAUUGGAUUAUAAAGAACUCGUGGGGCAAGUCAUGGGGAGAACAGGGUUAUUACCGUGUGUACCGAGGUGAUGGUACCUGCGGAGUCAACCAGAUGGCAAGCAGCGCUAUCAUAUAAACCAAAACACCACCAAAAUUGGACAAUUUUGAAGGCAUUUUAUUUGGUUGUAAGUGAGUAUAUAUAUAAAUAUCAAGUAUUACUUUAUACUUACUAGAGAAAUAUUGCAAAUGUCGUUUUUAUAUAAGUUUGGUUUUUUUCUAUAUAAGUUAUAAAUCUAUUAAGGCCUGUUGUCUUUACGUUUUAUAAUUAUGAUUAUCAAUUAAUUCGUCCGUUUUUAUUGUCUUUUUUUACAUAUUUUUACCAGCCUUAAUGAACAUUAUACUGUGCUUAUGAUAUACAAUUAUGAGUCCAUAUAUAUUAAAUUAUAUAUGUUUCUGCAAACUGGGUACACUACGAAAUUCAAAGUAAUUUUAUAGGCUCUUUAUAGUUGUGAAUAUUUCCUUUAAACAAAUGAUCUCAAAUAAAUACUUCAAAAUUUGAAAGGGCCUUUAUUUAUUGAAAAAUAUUUAUAACCAUGCAAUAAUUAUUGUACGUACAAUUUGAGGUGCGAAAAUAUAUCGGCGUGUAAUAUUAUGCCAAGAAUAUGUUUCUUUACCUUAUCUAAAACAUGUAUAAGUUAAUUGGUUGUAAAAAAAUCGCAAUGCGUACACAUUGGAGCUAUUUGUUAAUAAUUUUCCACAGUGCAGAAUUAUUAUUAACUUGUACUUAUGUAAUUACUGUUCGUCUAUUAUUCAUUACAAUAAAAAAAAAAAAUAACUAAAAAUCGCGGGUUACUCACGUGAAUAUACUAAGAAAAGCUCUACUAG